AUGGUUCGUUAUUCAUCGAACUCAUCGAGUGGUAUACCUGGUGUGGUGGUUGCUGGAAAUAGUACCAAUGGAACUAAAACAUUAUAUGUUGCGGAUACUCGAAAUCAUCGAAUUCAAAGAUGGGAUAAUGGAGCUUCGUCAGGUGUAACAGUGGCUGGCACUGGAGUUAGCGGUAGUACCUUAUUUCAAUUAAGCUUUCCGAGAGGAAUUGUUGUUGACUCGAAUGGAUACAUGUAUAUAGUGGAUUAUGGAAACAACCGAAUUCUUCGAUGGGCACCAAGUUCGAAUUCUGGUGAAUGUCUUGUGGCUUGUACUGGUACUAGUGGAAGUGGGGCUAAUAUGCUGUUUUUGCCGGCUGCAUUAACAUUUGAUAGCUUUCAUUGCUUCUCUAUUGAAACCAAGCCAGGUCAAAAUUUAACGCCAAUGCUGACUUCCACAACAACAGCAAUAACAACGGUCACAACAAUAAUGACAACAACAACAACAACAACAUCAAUAAUAACCACAGCAACAUCAACAACAACAGAUCAUACAACAUCAUCGAAUGCCUCGUAG